AAAAUUCCUUUCUCUCUACAACUCCCCACAACCACGAUGAAGCAGAGAUUCUCGUCGCUAGACGUCAAGGUUAUCACCCAGGAGCUAGCCUCGGAGCUGGUCAGCCUUCGUGUGUCCAACAUCUACGACUUGUCUUCGCGCAUCUUUCUCUUCAAAUUUGCCAAACCGGACCACCGCCGCCAACUCAUCGUCGACUCUGGCUUCCGCACUCAUGUCACACAUUACUCCCGCACAGCAGCCACCACCCCCUCGCCCUUCGUAACACGACUGCGCAAGUUCCUCAAAUCGCGUCGCGUUACUAGCGUCAAUCAGAUCGGUACUGACCGAGUCAUCGACAUCUCCUUCAGCGAUGGCGCAUACCACAUGUUCCUCGAAUUCUUCGCGGGCGGCAAUAUUAUCGUGACCGAUAGCGAACACACCAUUAUUUCGUUGUUCCGGCAGGUCAAUGCGGCUGAGGGGGAAGAGGCCAAGCUUGGAAUCAAAUAUAAUGUCACCAACAAGCAGAAUUACGCCGGAGUUCCUGAGAUCACGCCGGGUCGGAUCACGCAGACGAUAGAGAGUGCGCAGGCGUUGUUCUCUCAAGAAGGCAAUGCUCCUAAGAAGACGAAGAAAAAGAAUACAGACAUGCUGCGGAAGGCUCUUUCUCACGGUUUCCCUGAGUUCCCCCCUUUACUGUUAGAUCAUGCGUUUGCCGUUGUGGGGCUUGAUGCUGCGACUCCGCUUGACCAGGCCCUAGCCAGUGCGGAUAUACUGCAGAAAGUACGAGAGGUCUUGGAUGAAGCCGAGAGGAUCUCCAAGAGCUUCGAUGUUGGUGAGAGUCAUGCCGGCUAUAUCGUUGCCAAAGAGGACGACCGAGUAUCAGCACAAACAGAUGGCGAAAGUGGGAUGAAGACCCCAGGGUUGCUGUAUGAGGACUUCCAUCCGUUCAAACCGCGACAGUUUGCGGAUAAGCCGGGGAUCAAGAUCUUGGAGUUUGAGCGAUUCAAUGCCACUGUUGACGAGUAUUUCUCGUCUCUGGAAUCGCAGCGACUUGAGUCACGAUUAACCGAGCGAGAGCAAGCGGCCAAGCGGAAGCUAGAUGCCGUUCGAGAUGAGCACCGGAAGCGUAUCGAUGCCUUGAAGGACGCACAAGAGCUUCAUAUUCGCAAGGCUGGUGCCAUUGAAGACAAUGUUUAUCGCGUUCAAGAAGCAAUGGACGCUGUAAAUGGCUUGGUGGCCCAAGGAAUGGACUGGGGUGAGAUCGCGCGAUUGAUUGAGAUGGAACAGAGUCGAGGCAACCCAGUUGCUCAGAUUAUUAAGUUGCCUCUCAAGCUGUACGAGAACACUGUUACUCUAUUACUGGGUGAAGGCGAGGAAGACGAGGAAGACGAAGAUCCUGAAUCCAGCGACGAGUCUGAUUCUGACUCGGAGGCCGAAGAACGGGAGGAUCAAAAGAAGAAAGAUGUUGCUUCGCGUAUGCUCUCAAUUGAUAUUGAUCUCGGCCUUACUCCCUGGGCAAAUGCUUCCCAAUACUAUGAUCAAAAGAAACAGGCAUCGGAGAAGCAGCAAAGAACCGCCCAGUCUUCCACCAAGGCCCUAAAGAGCCACGAAAAGAAAGUGACAGCUGACCUCAAGAAGAGCCUGAAGCAAGAGAAGCAAGUUCUGCGACAGGCUCGUGAGCCAUUCUGGUUCGAGAAAUUUAUAUUUUUCAUUUCUUCCGAGGGCUACCUCGUUCUUGGGGCUCGGGAUGCUAUGCAGAGUGAGAUGCUCUACCGGCGUUAUCUGAAGAAGGGUGAUAUCUUCAUCCACGCUGACCUGGAUGGCGCUCUACCUUUUGUGGUCAAAAACCGCCCUGGAAAUCCAGAUGCUCCUAUUUCACCAAGCACACUCUCCCAAGCAGGUAAUUUAUGCGUUGCGACCUCUGUAGUCUGGGAGUCUAAGGCUGUCAUGUCUGCAUAUUGGGCGCACGCGACCCAGGUCUCAAAGAUCUCCGAGACCGGUGGUGGAAUGUUGCCUACGGGUGCUUUCCAAAUCAAGGGUGAGAAGAACUUCUUGGCGCCAUCGCAGCUCGUGCUUGGAUUUUCUAUCUUGUUCCAGAUUAGCAAGGAGAGUUUGAAGAACCACAAGAUUCACUUUGAUGCCGGUGAUAUCCCGGCUACGGAGGCCAAAGAAAUCCAAGAUCAACCUUCUAGCACUCCGGCGCCCCCUGAACAAAAUGAUCAAGUGGAGAACGUCGAGGAUACCGAGAAGCAAGAGAAAGUGUCAGAUGAAGAGGAGGAGGAUGACGACGACGAUGCCAACGGAGCUGCCAGAAACCCUCUCCAACGUGGCGACUCCGAGGUUUCUCCCAUUAAAGCAGAACAGUCUACUAGACCUGAGCCUGAAUCAGACUCUGAGGAUGAGACUACAAAGAAUGAGGAGCUAGAGUCUGAGGUCAAGGCCGAGGUCGACCAGGAUCUGACUACCGAGGAAGCAGAAGAGGCGGAAGAAGCAGGAGACGAAAAAACCGCUUCCAAUGCUCAGGAGGAGGCUCCAGCAGAGAAAGACGAAGAGAAGCUUUCGGCCCGAGAGCGACGCACCUUACGACAGGGCAAGCCCCUCGAUCGACCAGGCCAAGCCGAACCCGCACCAACUCGUAUUGCACCAACUCGUGGCAAGAGAGCAAAGGAAAAGCGGGCAGCAGCGAAAUACGCCCACCAGGAUGACGAUGAACGCGAACUUGCCCUCCGCCUCCUCGGAGCUGGCAAAAACAAGACCGCAAAAGCAGUGGCCGCCGCCGAAGCCAAAGCCAAGUACGAACAAGAAACUGAAGCCCGAACACAACGACGACGAGCGCAGCACGAACGAGCCGCAGCCGCCGAACAAAAACGGCAAGCUGAGUUCGCCGAAGGCGGCGAUGAAUACAAUGAAGAAACCGCCGCCGCCGAAGCCGCAGACCUGAGCUGGCUCCCUGCUCUCGUCGGCACCCCAACUCCCGACGACGAGAUCUUGGCUGCUAUCCCCGUUUGCGCACCAUGGGGUGCUCUUGGCAAGUACAAGUACAAAGUCAAGUUGCAGCCUGGUGCUGUGAAGAAGGGCAAGGCUGUUAAGGAGAUCAUUGGCCGUUGGGUUUCUGAAACUACUACAGGCAAGGUCAAGAAGGAUCAUGCUGAGGAUGUAGGUAUUCCUCGUGUUGAUGCUGAGCGUCUGCGCUCGAAAGAGGGUGAAUUGAUUAAGGGGUGGAAAGAUACUGAGGUCAUUAACACUAUGCCUGUGGGCAAGGUGCGCAUCAUGACUGCUGGUAGCGGUGGUGCUGGCGGUGGUGAUAAGAACAAGGGUAAAGGAGGCGGUGGUAAAGGUGGUGGGGGUGGUGGAAGGGGUGGAAAAGGUGGGAAGAAGAAAUAA